UCUUAUGAGCCUCUGUUUGGUGCAGAAUACAAAGAUAUUUUUGAGGCCUUGGUUCCUUUUGCACAUGGGGAAGAAAUUUGCUCUAUAAUUGUAGGAAGCCAUUAAAUACUGUUGACUUUAUGUCAAGAAGUCCGUUUAACACGUGAAAUCAAAGAUAUAGAAAGAAAUGUAAUCUCCUUGCAUUUCACGUUCACUAUACAUUGCAUUUUUGGAGAAGUCUUCUUCCCUACAAAUUGCAUACUCUGCAUAUAUAAAUAUUUAUAUAUAUAUAUAUAUAAAGGGGUAUUUCGAUUAUAUAUAUCGAUCUCAACUUUUAUACUUCUUGGGGAUCCUGAAAUCUCUAUUUGUCACGACACCCCAACGACCUGGAGAUAUUGUAGCUAUAACAGCAAUAUCUGAGUGAAACAUGCCUAUUAUGGUCUGGACGUGGACGAUACUUGUGCUGGUUAUGCUUGCUUAUCUCCUGCGAGAAUGGACAUGGAAAAGAAUGAACAAGACUAAAAAACUACCUCCUGGUCCAAGAGGCUUGCCUAUAUUCGGGAAUCUUCAUAUGUUUGGGGAAUUUCCUCAUCGAGAUCUUCAUCGACUAGCCCAAAAAUAUGGCCCCAUCAUGCACUUGCGUUUAGGAUUUGUGCCCACCAUUGUUGUCUCUUCACCCCAAGUUGCUGAACUGUUUCUUAAAGUGCAUGACCUUGUGUUUGCUAGUAGACCACCUAGUGAGGCUGCAAAUCACAUGUCUUACGAGCAAAAGAACUUGUCCUUUUCUCCUUAUGGUCCUUAUUGGCGCAACAUUCGCAAGAUGUGCACCCUUGAAUUGCUUAGCAACCUCAAAAUCAAUUCUUUCAGAUCCAUGAGGAAAGAAGAGCUUGGCCUACUAGUGAAGUUUAUUGAAAAGGCUGGCUGUGAUUGUAUUGUUGUCGAUCUCAGCGCCAAGAUCUCAUCCCUCAGCGCGGAUAUGAGUUGUCGUAUGGUGUUUGGGAAGAAGUACAUGGAUAAGGAUUUUGAUGAGAUGGGGUUCAAGGUUGUAAUUCAAGAGGGUAUGCAACUAGGUGCUACUCCUAACCUUGGUGACUACAUUCCAUAUAUUGGUCCCCUUGACCUUCAGGGACUGAGGCGACGCAUGAAGGUUAUUAGUAAGAUAUUUGAUGAUUUUUUUGAGAAAAUUAUCGACCAUCAUGUCCAAUCCAAAGAUGAAAAUAAGAUUAAGGACUUUGUUGAUGUCAUGCUGAGCUUCAUGGGAUCUGAAGACUCUGAGUACUGUGUUGAACGGUCCAAUAUCAAGGCCAUAAUCUUGGACAUGCUUGCAGGAUCAAUGGACACUACUGCAACAGCAAUUGAGUGGACAAUUUCAGAAGUCAUCAAGCAUCCAAGGGUAAUGAAGAAACUUCAAAAGGAGCUGGAAGAUGUAGUGGGCUUGGAGAGGAUGGUAGAGGAAUUAGAUUUGGAUAGGCUGGAAUACUUGGAUAUGGUUGUAAAGGAAACCAUGAGGCUACAUCCAAUAGCACCUCUACUACUACCUCAUGAGGCCAGGGAAGACAUCACUAUCCAAGGCUUCCACAUCCCCAAAAAGUCUAGGUUGAUAGUAAACGUUUGGGCAAUUGGGCGAGACCCAAGUGUUUGGAUUGAUGCUGAGAAGUUCUUCCCGGAAAGGUUUGUUGGGAGUAGCAUUGAUCUCCGAGGACGUGACUUCCAACUUCUCCCAUUCGGCUCUGGGAGAAGAGGCUGCCCAGGGUUACAGUUGGGUCUAACUGCGGUUCGGCUCGUUGUCGCACAACUUGUUCAUUGCUUUGAUUGGGAGCUUCCUAAUAACAUGCUACCAACUGAAUUGGACAUGACUGAGGAGUUUGGCCUUACAGUUCCUAGAGCUAAACAUCUACUUGCUAUUCCCCGUUGUCGCCUUCACAAAUGA